GUUUUUUAAAUCGGUUUUUCUCCUACACAGUCAGAUUUCCAUUUGUGUUGUCUGUGCAAAAUCAGACGCAAUAGCAGGAAAGUGUCCUGGUUCGAGAUCGAGAAAGCUCUACGGAUUCCUCUCACAUGGCUUCGCUUCCUGAAGAUGAUCUUCCACCACUUCAACCUCAAUCUCCUUCUUCUGCUUUCGAUUCCGUUCCUCAUCGCCCCGCAACUACGAGCUCUUCUGAAAAAUACGCACCGUUAGAUUGGUCCACUUACUUCGACAAAGAAGACGAUGUUGCCAUUCCACAAACCAAUGAUGUUUUUCAUGUUUACAUGGCAGGAACUGAAGGUCCCGUUGUAUUCUGUUUACACGGUGGUGGUUAUUCUGGGCUUUCAUUUGCUGUGUCAGCGAGUCGAAUAAAGGAGAAAGCUAGGGUGGUUGCGAUGGACUUGAGAGGUCAUGGGAAAUCAUUGACAGAUAAUGAUUUUGACUUAUCUAUUGAGACUAUGUGCAAUGAUGCAUUGGCUGUUAUAAAGGAAUUGUAUGGAGAUUCUCCUCCAGCAAUUAUUCUUGUUGGUCACAGCAUGGGAGGGUCGAUAGCUGUACAUGUUGCUGCAAAGAAAACAUUGUCUAACUUGGCUGGGUUGGUUGUAGUGGAUGUUGUGGAGGGAACGGCAAUAGCUUCCCUAAUGCAUAUGCAGAAAAUCCUAUCAAGUAGGAUGCAACAUUUUUCAAGCAUUGAAAAAGCUAUUGAAUGGACUGUCAGGGGUGGCACUUUAAGAAAUAUUGAUUCUGCUCGUGUAUCAGUCCCUGCCACAUUAAAAUACGAUGACUCAAAGAACUGUUAUGUUUACCGAACUGAGCUGGACAAGAGUGAACAGUAUUGGAAAGGCUGGUAUGAAGGUCUCUCAGAUUUGUUUUUGUCAAGCCCUGUUCCAAAGCUGUUGUUAUUAGCAGGGACAGAUAGAUUGGACAGGUCUCUCACAAUCGGUCAAAUGCAAGGGAAGUUUCAGAUGAUAGUUGUUAGACACACUGGGCAUGCUAUCCAGGAAGAUGUACCUGACGAAUUUGCAACUCUGAUUACCAACUUCAUUUCUCGUAACCGAAUUGGGCCUCAUGGAGUCGAGAUACCUGGCCUCCGCAAGCCAGCCUUUUCAAAACCUUGAAUGAGCUGUUAGAUAAACGAGGAAUGGCAAUUGCUGCAGGAAAAUGAUGGGUUUCUUGUUUGAUAUUCCUUUAGUUUUAGUAUUAUCAUGAUUACUUUACAUAUUUUAGAGGGGGAGCUGGGUAGCUGAAGUGAUUAUAUAUAUUAUGAUCAAAAUGUGACGAGUAGUAGAUUAAGAUGAGGUUGGAGUGUCUCCAUCAAUGUAACCCACAGUUUAGGUCAUAUUUAUAAGUAGGGGACGAAAUUAUGAAUCUGGCAGGAUAGGUACGUUUGUGUGCACGUUUGAUUAGCAAAGCACGUUUGCAAAGCGCCGUAUGAAAAGCAAAAAAUCCAUUGCUUCAACGUGAAAAGAAACUAGCAAGGAUUGACAACUAUUGCGUGGUUUUUAGUUCUCAAAGUUAAAUUUUUGGGCAUUUCAACUUGGUAUUA